AUGAAAGAAGUUUUUGUUUCAAUUCUUGUUCUUCUUGUUUUGGUUUCAGAUGCCAAAGCAACGAACUCAAACGCUGAAACCUUCCUUCCAUGCCUUCGCUUUCGGACCGGUCCAGAGCAUCCGAUCUAUACUCCCGAUAACUCCACCUUUGUGUCGACUUACCUGUCCUACACGAAAAACAAAAGGUGUUCAAACCCUAACAACAAUAAUCUAAUAGCCAUUAUUGCUGCAAAACAUGAAUCACAUGUUCAGGCAACCCUGGUCUGCGCAAAGAUUAAUGGAAUCCAGAUCCGAAUCAGAAGCGGCGGUCACGACUACGAAGGUCUUUCUUACAUCUCAUCUGUGCCGUUUGUUAUUCUCGAUAUGAAUAAUCUCCGGUCUAUUACCGUUGACGUGUCCAACAAGAAAGCUUGGGUUGAAGCUGGUGCGACCUUGGGAGAGCUCUACACCAAAAUCUCUGAAGCCAGCAAAACGCUAGCGUUUCCGGCUGGCACUUGCCCUACGGUAGGAGCUGGAGGACACAUUGCCGGCGGAGGAUUCGGAAAUCUGAUUCGAAAGUACGGACUGACGGUGGAUCAUGUUGUUGAUGCUAAGUUAGUUGAUGUCGAUGGCAAUAUCUUGGACCGAUCCUCCAUGGGAGAAGAUCUGUUUUGGGCGAUUCGCGGCAGUGGUGGAGCGAGCUUUGGGGUUAUCCUCUCGUGGAAACUCAACCUCGUUGAGGUCCCAGAGACCUUAACAGUGUUUAAAGUCAACAAAAGUUUGGAGCAAGGAGUCACUGAUGUUCUCUACAAAUGGCAACAUGUCUCUAGCAAAUUGCCUCGAGAGCUUUUCUUGAGCGCAAGUCCUGGAAUCACGAAAGGAGCUAAAUCCAGCGAGAAAACCAUUGCGGUCACGUUCUCAGCUAUGUUCUUAGGCUCGGCAAAGAAUCUGAUAGCGAUUCUUGACGAGAAUUUGCCUGAGUUAGGGAUAAAACGUGAAGAUUGCAACGAAAUGAGCUGGAUUGAUACGGUGACGUUUUGGGCGGGUUUUUCGGUCGGGACACCGACGAGUGUUCUUCUUGAAAGGCCAUUGGUUCCGCCAGGAACAUUCUUCAAGAGCAAAUCGGAUUACGUCAAGAAACCGAUCCCAAAAGAAGGAAUGGACAAGAUUUUCAAAACAAUGUUGCAAUUCAACGAUGUCUGGAUGGAUUGGAGUCCUUACGGCGGAGUGAUGGAGGAGAUCCCGGCGAACGCCACGGCAUUUCCUCACCGGAAAGGAAACUUGUACAAGGUUCAGUACUUUGCGACAUGGACCGACGCAGAUGCCACAGACGCUAAUCUUGGUUUGAUGAAAGAACUUUACGAGGUGGCGGAGCCGUACGUGUCAAGCAACCCGAGAGAGGCGUUUUUGAAUUACAGAGACAUGGAUGUUGGAAGAAAUCCGAGUGGAGAGACGAGUGUUGAAGAAGCUAAGAUUUAUGGAACGAAGUAUUUCUUGGGGAAUUUUGAAAAAUUGAUGGAUGUUAAAGCCAAGUAUGAUCCUUAUAAUUUCUUCAGGUACGAGCAGAGUAUUCCUCCUCUUCGUAUAAUGUAA